AUGUACCUCAUAUUCUGGUUCAUAGUGCCCGCUUUGCUCGAUUUAGCCUUGUCAUCAGUAACACCAUUCGUGAUUCUUCCACCGUUUUUCCGGAGCAACACAGUAAAUACUGUCGUCAUUACUCCUGCCAAGACUAAGUAUGAAAAUGUUGAUAUUAAUAUUGUAAUUACGGGCUCUGCUGAAGGGUCAACGUCGAUCGUUUUUACUCAGAAGCUCAAAGCCAGGAAAACAGCUAUUUCUCACUCCGUCUCAUUCCAUGUAUCUGAUUCCGUCACAAAAGCAAAGGUCACGAUCAGCAUCCAGGGCCACGAAAAGUUCGAACAUGAUGUUCGAGUGAGACCAAAUGUCGCCAUAAUUCACAUUCAAACCGACAAACCCACAUACGCUCCCGGAGAAACAGUGUCAAUUCGAGCGCUUCCGUUAACGUAUGAGGGUGGUGUUUUUGAUGGAACCGUCGAAUUCGCUUUAGUGAAUCCACAUGGUUUCGAGCUUGUUCGAAAGCAAAAUCGGACAUCUGAUGGUUACAUAGCACUGACAUUUAUUUUACCAAAGCAUCUCUUCUUUGGCCAGUGGCGUAUAGUCGCUAGACCUAUUUCGGUACAGGAUCAGGACCUUACAUAUAGCGUGGAUUUCUUAGUGAAGGACUACGUGCUCCCACCGUUUAAAAUAGUAGCGACAAUUUCCGAUGGUCAACCACUCUCUUCGACCACAGUGGCUAUUGAGGCAAGCAAUUAG